UCUAUUUACAGGAAAUUUGCGUAGAAAUAGGUUGUGAAGGCUGGAUUAUUGGAGAAUAUUUUUCGCAAUCUUUUCCCGGAGGUGGAAAAGCGGAAUGUGGAAAAAUUUCGCACACAUACGCAUGCACUCACACAGUGGUGAAAGGGAUCGUGUGCUCAUCACGCGAGGAAGAAAAGUGAAUUUUGACGUUUCCCGUUGUCAGUUUGACGUUUCUCUGCACUCUCAUUCGGAAAAGCGAUCCAUUCCGAUCAUGUAAACAAUGUGUGGGAGAAGAGGAAUACUCCCGCUCAGGCAAGCCGUCGUCGGCGGAAAAGUGGGAUGAGAUUGGAUUUUCAUGUCGGUUUCAGCGGCUCUGGCUUUUACAAGGAUUUUCCGCCGAGAGCGCGCGUGAGCACGUUGGAAAACCUGUGAGAGCGUUGGGGAGCAGUUUUCCUCCACUAUUGGUGGAGUGCGAGAAAAAGGAAAAACCUUUCGCAGUCGAGUUCUGUCCAUUGGCAUUGAGUGUACGAGGAGGAAAUUUUUUCUCCUUUCUCGACCUGGUGGUGCUGUGACAAAUUUUCCAGGAAGAAAAAAACUGGUGAACAAGUGCUUGAUUCCGGACGAAAAAGGGCCUACAGGACUGCCCUGGCUAUUGUCCGCUGCUUUUGUCGUAGAUUUUCGAAACAUUUGGUUCCCAGGAAUAACGGGGAUCCGAGUAAGCUUUUCCGUUCUGUGAAACUCUUGAUAUGUGUGUAUGCAAUUUUUCAGUGAUCAAUAAAUGAGUUAAUAAUUCUCGCUCCCCCUUUCAGUAGGAGGACAGAAAACUCCCCAAAGAGCUCUCGGGUUCUGCUGCUUGAAAAAUUGGCUGACUGGCUGGCUGGCCAUCGCGAGUGCUAGUGUGUGAUAUAAUGUGAAUUUUUUUUUUUUCGUAUUUUCACUUCAAGUGUGGGACGUGAAGGAGAACCUUUUUCUCGGGAAUCGGAAUCGACGGUGUGCAUUGGCAGGAUCGAUUUCUGUUGGCAGCCAGUCUGUGAGCUUUCUGCCCUCUCGAGACUUUUAGAGUGUCAGCGAAUGUGUGUGCAAAACUGCUCGGGGAAAAGUGAGAAAAUGUUGCUUUAAUUGUGGUGAUUUUUCUUGUACAGGGAAGAAGUUUCUAGCUGCCUGCCUUUUCCACCUCCACACGACGGAUUUCGGUGCAUGAGAAGCUCCUCGAAUUUCGAGAGCAAACAGUGUGUGGUGUCUAAUGAAAUAAAAUAGAAUUGUCUGACCGAAAAAGAGAAACAUCAGGGAAGAAACGAAGAAAAGGAAAAGAUAGCGAAAAAAGUAAAAAACGCGAAUAACCUAUAGUGUCUGUGUCUGUGCUUGAAUUCGAAGAAAAUUAUGUAAUAAGUUGUUAUAUUUUCACUCUCCCAACAUCUUCUACAGAGCGAAUUUUCCCUCACAUCGGUCGACGGCGACGACGGUUGUGCGCUCCUGAUCGCUCCCAUCAUCAUCCACACACUCAGACCAGAAGUCAACAGUAGUGACCGAAGAAGAGUCUGUGUAUUUGGUGCUGUUUGAGCUUCUCGAGAAAACGCUCCUUUCCGAAUGGCCACCAUUUGACAGUCGACGAGCGUUCGGUGGUGCUGCUGGCCAUAGUCGAUCAAUGAAGCCCCGAUCGGUGGCGGCCAAACUAACCUGGACUGCUUCACACUGCCAACAGCGAUAGCAACAGCAGCAACGGACACGUCUUGAGUGAAUUUCACUGCAAGGGAAAACAGGAUAAAAAGUAUAGGGAUCCCCAUCGGGACCCUCUCCGCACUCGAAAAAGAGAACAUUAGAGCGCGCAAAAAAAAAACUGAGCAAAAGCUGAGUGAGAGUUGCUUCUGGUGGCAAGAAUACAUACACAUAUACACACACACACACACGCGAAUCCCCAACUUUGCUGGAAGCAAUCAAGCCGUGAGCGGAAAAAUCGACCGUGGAAAGUCGUCGGAUUAGAACGUACCGCGAGAAAAAGAAAACACAAGUAACCACCUAGCUCCAGGUCAGCAGAUACCCAAGGUUCGUAUUUCUACAGUACAGUCGUUGGUUGGUGUUGUUAUGGACUUCACAAUCUAGAAGAUAAAAAUCGACCGAACCCGGUGUUUUAUUUGUGGAACAACGGAAACAGCCACCAGCAAUCGACCAAAAAUCGAAACAAUCAUCACGGCAGCAUCUCAACUCCUUCAUCAUAUCCGCCGCCCAGAUCUGACACUCUAGGACGCGGGCGACGGCGGUCCGGAUCAAACGGAAAGCAGUCACGUGAAGAGAUUGUUUGUGUGUGUGUGCUUUUUUUUUAAGAAGAGACGAUUUCUAAUAAUCGAUUCAGAAUUUUCCGAGACGAAGCAAAUCCGGAGAAAAAGUGAAAUGGUGUUACUGUGCUCGGAGCCUUGAUGUGUGUGGUUUUAUGAUUUGGUAGGAGCAAAUCUCAACCGACAACCGGAAACCCAAAUCGAACGGACACAACAUGGCAGUUAGUUAGAAGUGAUUCGGAUUCGCGGUUUUUGUUUUUCUGUUCGAAGGAAGAAGAAGAAGAAGAAGAAGAAUAUUAAGCAGAAGUAGCAGAGAGGAAGGCACCGCUGAAUACAUACAUCUCCAUCACGAUCGGUUGCUGCUGCUGGUGGCGUGCGUCGAUCCUGUAGAAACCGACGGCCUCAGCUCCUAAGAUAAAGAGGAUUACGCAAGACGAAGGGAGAGUUUUACAACCAUAGAAGCAUAACUUAACUUGACACACACAGAUUGAUAUAUUACUACUAGUACUACAUAUUCUACUACCACUAGAUUCGCGACUAGUGCGUGACGAGCAAGGAAGGAUUAGUUGUUAAGGAUAUCGCAAGUUUACUACUAACAAAACACAGUCACACCCCCCGCUUUAAGAAAGAAGGAGUCAGAAGAAGCAGACGAGAAGAAGAUAAGUCUUAGACAAAACAACCAACCAUUAAUUAGUAAGUUAAAUCGAAGUUAGUAAAUCCAAUAACGAUAACUAGAAAGCAACCAAGAUGGCGACGAUAGACGGACGACCGGCGCAGUACCAGAUUACUCUGAAGAAUCUGCGCGAAAUUAUGGAAAACCGAGGCCGGGAAGGAGUGGCGAUGAUUAACGAGUACGGCGGUGUGCACGAAAUUUGUAAGAAACUGUACACGUCCCCGAACGAUGGCCUCAGUGGGUCGCAAGCGGAUAUCGAGCACCGGCGAGAAACGUUCGGAUCCAACACAAUUCCUCCGAAACCACCGAAAUCCUUCCUGACGCUAGUGUGGGAAGCCCUACAAGAUGUUACGCUGAUUAUCCUGGAAAUUGCUGCCAUCAUCUCGCUGCUGCUCUCGUUUUACCAGCCAGCGGACGAUGAUGAAGAAGAACUCGAAGAGGAAGAAGAGCACUAUGCGUGGAUCGAAGGCUUGGCCAUUUUAGUAUCGGUGUUUGUAGUCGUGAUUGUGACGGCUUUCAAUGACUACUCGAAGGAGAAGCAAUUCCGAGGGCUACAAUCGCGAAUCGAAGGCGAGCACAAAUUCGCCGUUAUCCGCGGUGGCGAUGCAGUACAGAUCAAUAUCGGUGAAAUCGUCGUGGGCGACAUCUGCCAGGUCAAGUACGGUGAUCUUCUGCCGGCCGAUGGUAUACUGAUUCAAAGUAACGAUUUGAAAGUUGAUGAAUCUUCGCUGACGGGUGAAUCGGACCAUGUGAAGAAGAGUGAAUCGACGGACCCGAUGGUAUUGUCCGGAACUCACGUGAUGGAAGGUAGCGGAAAGAUGGUCGUCACAGCUGUCGGUGUUAACUCGCAGGCCGGUAUCAUCUUCACCCUGCUGGGUGCGGCUGUAGAUGAGCAUGAAGCAGCUGCCAAAAAGCAGAAGAAGGAUGCCAAGAAGUCAAAGAAACCGAAGGACGGCGAUGAAAUUACCAACAACAGCCACCAUCCGGCUCUGAAAUCUCAAACGACAGUGGAUUCCAUUACAUCCGAUGAUGGUGAAGAAAGCAAAGGCGGCGAGGGCGGAGGUCACGGAGGAACCAAGGAAAAAUCCGUUCUCCAAGCGAAACUUACUAAACUGGCCAUUCAGAUCGGUUAUGCCGGCUCGACGAUUGCUGUCCUUACCGUUAUCAUUCUGAUCAUCCAAUUCUGCAUCCAAACCUUUGUCAUCGAACAGAAACACUGGCGAAACUCGUAUGCUAACAACCUGGUCAAGCAUUUCAUCAUCGGUGUGACCGUGCUGGUCGUUGCCGUACCGGAAGGUUUGCCGCUGGCCGUCACUUUGUCGCUUGCCUACUCGGUCAAGAAGAUGAUGAAGGACAACAACCUGGUACGGCAUUUGGAUGCCUGCGAAACCAUGGGUAAUGCCACUGCCAUUUGCUCGGACAAGACCGGAACACUGACCACCAAUCGGAUGACCGUGGUCCAAUCGUACAUCUGCGAGAAGCUAUGCAAGGUGACACCCAAAUACUCCGACAUUCCGAGAGUAGUGGGUGAAGCAGUUGUCGAAGGCAUUUCACUCAACUCGGCCUAUACGACGUGUCUGAUGCCGGGCGUUAAUCCGGGAGAUCCGCUGCAGCAGGUUGGUAACAAAACCGAAUGCUCUCUGCUUGGAUUCGUGCAAGGAUUGGGCAAAAGUUACCAAACGUACCGGGACAGUAAUCCGGAGGAAUCCUUCACCCGUGUGUACACGUUCAACUCGGUUCGAAAGUCUAUGAGUACCGUUAUUCCAAAGCACAGCGGUGGCUACCGAGUUUACUGCAAAGGUGCAUCGGAGAUUGUUCUCAAGAAGUGCUCCUUCAUCUAUGGCCAGGACGGUGUGUUGGAGAAGUUUACUCGUGACAUGCAAGAACGGUUGCUGCAUCAGGUGAUCGAACCAAUGGCAUGCGACGGUCUGCGAACCAUUUGUCUCGCGUUUAGAGACUUUGUUCCCGGUAAGGCCGAGAUCAAUCAAGUGCACUGCGACGGCGAACCGAACUGGGAGGACGAGGAAAAUAUCGUAAGCAAUUUGACGUGCUUGUGUGUGGUCGGUAUCGAAGAUCCAGUGCGACCGGAAGUUCCGGACGCUAUCCGAAAGUGCCAGCGAGCAGGCAUCACCGUCCGUAUGGUUACCGGAGACAACAUAAACACUGCGCGGUCGAUUGCUACCAAGUGUGGCAUCAUUCGGCCUCAGGAUGACUUCUUGAUCCUGGAAGGUAAAGAAUUCAAUCGGCGUAUCCGUGACAGCAAUGGGGACAUUCAGCAACACCUGCUAGAUAAGGUGUGGCCAAACUUGCGGGUUCUGGCUCGAUCAUCGCCUACGGAUAAGUACAACCUGGUCAAGGGUAUCAUCGACAGUAAGGUUUCGGACAAUCGUGAGGUGGUUGCUGUAACUGGCGACGGAACGAACGACGGCCCCGCCUUGAAGAAGGCGGAUGUUGGAUUUGCCAUGGGAAUUGCUGGAACCGAUGUGGCAAAGGAAGCUUCCGAUAUUAUUCUAACCGAUGACAAUUUCAGCAGUAUCGUCAAAGCCGUCAUGUGGGGGCGGAAUGUGUAUGAUUCGAUUGCCAAAUUCUUACAGUUUCAGCUGACGGUCAACGUGGUAGCUGUGAUUGUGGCGUUCAUCGGUGCUUGUGCCGUACAAGAUUCUCCCUUGAAGGCCGUACAGAUGUUGUGGAUGAACUUGAUUAUGGACACGUUGGCAUCGUUGGCACUGGCCACCGAAAUGCCUACACCGGAUCUGUUGCUGCGUAAACCGUACGGCCGAACGAAACCACUGAUCUCACGCACAAUGAUGAAGAACAUCCUGGGUCAAGCAGUCUAUCAGUUGAUCAUUAUCUUCGGACUCCUGUUCGUCGGUGAUCGACUGUUGGACAUCGAGUCGGGUCGAGGCCAACCGCUAAAUUCCGGAGCGACACAGCAUUUCACGAUCAUCUUCAACGUGUUCGUCUUUAUGACGCUCUUCAACGAGCUGAAUGCUCGCAAAAUUCACGGUCAGCGGAAUAUAUUCGAGGGUUUAUUCACGAACCCUAUCUUCUACAGCAUCUGGAUUCUCACUCUGGUGUCGCAACUCUUCAUCAUCCAAUUCGGCAAGGUGGCAUUCUCGACCAAGGCGCUCAACAUCGAACAAUGGCUGUGGAGUGUAUUCUUUGGCCUCGGAACGCUAAUCUGGGGCCAGGUCGUCACGUCGAUUCCCACCCGCAAGAUGCCGAAGAAGAUGGCGUGGGGUCGUGGCGAAGCCGAGUACACUGAAGCGAUCCGACUCGGCGAGGAGCGCUACGACUCGAUGGAUAAUGACAAGAAACCCCGUGCAGGUCAGAUAUUAUGGAUCCGUGGCCUUACUAGGCUGCAGACCCAGCUUCGUGUUGUACGUGCAUUUCGAUCCACAUUAGAAGAUUUAGAAGAACGUCGUUCCAUUCAUAGCUUGCAUAGUCUUAGAAGUUCACGCAGUCAUCCCGGAGGCAUGAGCACGAGUGGUACAAUGACUAGUCAAGGUCUCUCAAAUCUCUUAUAUCCACCAGGUUCCAACAUCCCAACCGGCCGGCUAAUAGGUACUAAUGUUGGCGAUCUUAAGUAUAUUGAUGAAGAUCAAAGACUUCACAAUAAUCAGCACAUAAUAGAGAAAUUCGCGGUUUGGACAAAAUCGACAACAGUAUAAAUUCCUUUGAUAUACGAUUGAAGAGGGAAGAUCUCGCGUGGUUCAUUGAUUUCUUUCUAAUGUGGUUUAGAAAGCAAUAAUAUACUUGUUUGUAGAAUGCGACCAUGCGAAUGCAGACGUAGGGUGGAAAGAAUGGUAGAGAAAGGAGAAUGUCGUUAGUAGCAAAAAAAAAAAACCCCAACGCAAUCAGAGUGCGAGCAGCAUGCAUUUCGUCAUUUAUUUAUUUGUUUUCGUUCCAAAGUUGUAACAACCUUGAAGCCGUGUUUGAAUAGGGCUAAGGAGAGCUUUUCCAUGCACCAGGAGACGCACGAAAGUGCAGGAGCAAAGUAGGCCAUCUCUAGAACCAAUAUGUAGGAUUGGAAGUAACCAAGGGAACGCAAACACUAGAAGAGUACUUUUUUGAACGAGCGAAAGCGAGAGAGAAAGAAUGAAAUCGAAGCCAAUGGAUCAAAAAAUAAAAGGAAAUGAAAUAGGUCACAGCUUGCUGUGAUUGCUGGACAAGUCGGAACUAUUGUACAGUAAGGAGGUACAGAAAACCUCUGAAUCAAGUUUAAUGGUUUAUAGCGGUAAUAUAUACAUAGAAUAGAUCGACACGCGAAAAAAGAUGAGUAUUAUGUUCGAUUGAAAAAAAAAAUGAAAACCUAUGGUAAAACAAGGAGUUUAAAAGUUUACUUAUGACAAAACCACACACUCACCCUUCCACGAACACAGGAACCAAAUGAAGUUGACUUAAAACAAAAAACAAUCACAUUUAACUCACACACUUAUGAGUCAUUGCGUUCAUCAAGUCACACAUUCACUCAUACACACAUACGCCCAUCACAUACACACACACACACACACAUGGGCACUUAUCCCAGUGAAGUGGAAAAAUGAUAUAUGUAUUCACAUCCUAUUUUUGUUUUUUUUUUUAUAUAUUCGAAUAGAAAGAUGAAGAACUUUGCAAUCGUAAUUCGGAAAGUUUCAGGGUACUGUUCGCCUUUUCUAUUUUGUCUAAAAAAUUAAAUCUGAUUGUUCAAUGGUUUGAUGAAAAAGCAUUGGAUGAAAUAUUUCAUUGCGAAAAAUAGGAUUGCAGAGGCAUUUAUCAUUUGACACUUUUGUUAGAAACCGUUUGUGGAAAACUGACGUAAAAGUGUUUGCGUUUAAUUUCCCGUCUUGUUGCUUUCUAUAGCUUCCAUCUUUUUUUCUCUGUUGACAAGCAAGUUAAACCAUCAAAACAAAACCAAGUAACCAAAACGUUGGAGUUGAGCUAAGAAUCGUACAUAGUGUAGAAGAAAACAAUGUUUACAGUACUGUUUUUCUGCCUUAUAGUUAAGAACGAAAGAAAAGUGACAAAGUCUUGAAUCGACCUAUUAGUAGAGGUGAAGCACCUUUCAACCAAAACCAAAAAUCCAAAAAAAAUUAUGAGCAAUUAGUAAAUAUCAAAAGACACCCGAUUCCCCUUAGAGAGGAAAACUUAAACUAAAAAACAAAUGAAGCAGAGCGUAGAGGUCACCGAGGUCUGCUCUCUUCGGAAUUCCCCGUUCCCUGCCCUCUUACCGACGAACAGACGACGAAGA